UCCGCCAGACUAUAAUAAAUUCUUAUUUGACUUUCUCCUCUUCUGGAUUUUCGUUGCUGUGCUGCGCUCUGUUUAUUUAUUCAAAACAAACACAGUGCCGUCAAACGUUUCCAUUUCGCCUAGCGAAACAAAUCGUCCCCAAAAAUCAAUGCUUCGUUCAAUCCUGAAACUUGCCUACAAUAAGCAGAAAUCGUUGGCCCGGAACUAUGUCCGCCGUGGUCGUAAUCCUGGUGUCGACCGCCAAAUGGCUCUGCUGAACAGAGACCAACUGCAGACGAACUUGGAUGAACUGGAACAGUUGGACGAUGUCGAUUUCAGUCAAGUACACAAAUCACACAAGCAAUAUGAGCAGGAAACGCAGCAUUAUCGAGAGCGACUGCAGAGUUGGAUUGUCGGGAAUAAAUACUUCAAAACCAAACAACUCAAUUUUCUGACCUGGUCGGAGAAGGAGCAAAUACGUUACCUACAUAAUUUUGAUCCGGAGGAAUGGAGUGUCGAUAAACUGGUUGAAAGUUUUCCGGCGGAUCGGUACACUGUUGUUAAGAUUAUCAAAUCCAAAUGGAUACCACGCGAUGCCGAUCGGGUUCAAAGACACGACGAAGCUGUAAAAGAGAACUGGGAGCUUUUCAAAUCAGAUAGAAUCAAGAACAUAGAUGAUGGUUUUGCAGAACAUUUAAACAAGUUUGUGCACCGUAAUUUUCAAGAAGUGCAAAAACCGAAGGUUGAGCAUAAACGCAUUUACGAAAUACAGCAACAUACUCGAGGAGAUGGGGAGUUCGCGCAGAUCAUAACAAGUUGUAAAAAAUACGCGAAUGCAUCGGACCAGAAGGAUGUUAAGCGUAUCGGUGCGGAAGAUAAUGCAACCGAGUUUGACAUGCCUAAAAUUCCUCUCAGGUCUUCAAACCAGGACAUGUUCGUGAUGAAUGACAUCAUCGACAAGCAUCCCAAAACACUACGACAGCUGAAACGAGACUAUGAUGUGGCACCAGGUCAAGUAGAAAACUACAAUGACUCAGAUGGGUCAUCUACUUCGAGCCGUGAAUGCUUAAUUGAUGUUAAGAAAUAUGAAACGGAAUUGGUAUCGUCCGAUGUAAAAGACUCGUCCAUGCCUUUAAAACCUGACAUCCGAGAGAACAUACAAAUACCUCGUAAGUUGUAUAAGAGAGGCGCUACGUAUCAGUUAGACGAUUGCUUCUACGAUGACGACGGUGAGUUCCUCUAUAGAGUGCCUGGUAUGGGAGGUCAGUCUGGCCAUAAAUGAUUUUUUUUCCUUUCAAUUGUUACAUGAAAGUUUAAUUGUGAUUGAACAAUAGAAAAAAAAGUUCUGAAA